AAUAAAUAAAAGCCAUAUCUACCUAACUACAUAUGGUUUCUCCGUUGCUCGACACUUGACGGUUUUGUACAGCCUUAGAUUGGUGGAUGUUCUUCGUAGGAGUAGGUUCCAGAAAUUCCAUGUAUAUAAUUUCGUUUACUUAGUGGGCAUUCAUUCAUUUAUUCUCCCUGGAGUAUCCCUGGCUAGUGACUCUCUCUGGCGAUGGGUUUACAGAUUUGUAUCAGUGAAAGAGUAUCUGGGUCUUGACCAGAAGGACCUGUUGACAGCUGGUUGGGUAGAAGACAGUUCGGGUUCUUGUGUUUUAUGCCAAAGCAAACGGACACUUUUGUCGGGGCAAUACACAAUAAGUCUUGCAGUACAAAUUUCAACGCUUUUUGUGUCGAAGCUUCACUCCACUUUCCUGGCUACUUGAAGAAGCCGAGUUUGAUUCUCUGGUGAAAAGAUGAAGGGGGCUGCACUGGUGGCUAUUGCUGCUACGAUUGGCAACUUUCUGCAAGGAUGGGAUAAUGCUACAAUUGCUGGGGCUAUUGUUUACAUCAAGAAGGACCUCGCUUUGGGAACUAGUGUAGAAGGCCUUGUUGUGGCUAUGUCGCUCAUUGGAGCCACAGCCAUUACAACAUGCUCAGGGGCCAUAUCAGAUUGGCUUGGUCGGCGUCCAAUGUUAAUUAUCUCAUCAAUGCUGUACUUUGUUAGUGGUUUGAUAAUGCUAUGGUCUCCCAAUGUCUUUGUCUUAUGCAUAGCAAGGCUGUUAGAUGGAUUUGGAAUCGGUUUAGCAGUUACUCUGAUUCCACUCUAUAUCUCCGAGACUGCCCCGUCGGAGAUAAGGGGAUUGCUAAACACUCUUCCACAAUUUGCUGGUUCAGGUGGCAUGUUUUUGUCAUAUUGUAUGAUUUUUGGUAUGUCAUUGACGUCAUCACCAAGUUGGAGGUUGAUGCUGGGGGUACUUUCCAUUCCCUCUUUAUUAUACUUUGCAUUAACAGUAUUUUACUUGCCCGAAUCUCCUCGGUGGCUCGUCAGCAAAGGAAAGAUGCGCGAGGCAAAACUGGUUCUCCAGAGACUACGUGGCAGAGCAGACGUACAAGGUGAGAUGGCUUUACUGGUUGAAGGCCUGGCAAUAGGAGGUGAAACAUCCAUAGAAGAGUACAUUAUCGGUCCAGCUGAGGACGAACUUGCUGCUGGUUAUGAAGCAGACGCUGACAAAGAUAAGAUCAGAUUAUAUGGCCCUGAAGCUGGGAUUUCUUGGGUUGCCAGACCUGUCACUGGACAGAGUUCUCUUGCUCUCAUUUCUCGCCAUGGCAGCGUGGACCCUCUUGUGACUCUAUUUGGUAGUAUUCAUGAGAAAUUUCCUGAGACAGGGAGCACACGAAGUAUGCUUUUUCCUAAUUUUGGUAGCAUGUUCAGUAUGGCAGAGCAUCAAGUAAAAGAUGAAAGGUGGGAUGAAGAGAGUCUUCAAAGAGAAGGUGAAGGUGAAGGUGAAGAUGAGGACUAUACAUCAGAGGCUGCCAGGGGAGACUCUGAUGAUGAUUUACAUAGUCCAUUGAUCUCACGUCAGACCACUAGCAUAGAGAAGGAUAUGCCUCGUCCUACUUCCCAUGGCAGUAUUCUGAGUAUGAGACCCCAUAGCAGUCUUAUGCAAGGAGAGGAAGAAGCAGUUGGUAGUAUGGGUAUUGGUGGUGGUUGGCAGUUGGCAUGGAAAUUGCCUGAAAAAGAACGUGCGGGUGAGAGAAGUGAAGCAUUUAAAAGGAUAUAUUUGCACCAGGAGGGAGCCCUUGGAUCCCAGCGUGGGUCUCUCGUUUCACUUCCUGGAGGUGAUGUUCGUGAAGGUGAGUAUAUCCAGGCUGCUGCUUUGGUAAGCCAGCCUGCCCUUUACUCUAAGGAGCUUCUGGAUCAGCAUCCCAUUGGACCUGCAAUGGUUCAUCCAGCAGAAACUGCUUCAAAAUGGCCAACUUUUGCUGCUCUUUUUGAGCCAGGAGUUAAACAUGCAUUGAUUGUUGGGGUCUUUAUUCAGUUGCUUCAGCAGUUCUCAGGCAUUAAUGGAGUUCUUUACUACACUCCUCAAAUUCUCGAAGACGCUGGUGUUGAAGUUCUCUUAGCAGACUUGGGCAUCAGUUCCGAGUCUGCUUCAUUCCUCAUUAGUGCAUUCACAACCUUCCUGAUGCUUCCCUGCAUAGGUGUAGCCAUGAGGCUCAUGGAUAUCUCUGGAAGAAGGCAGCUGCUACUCACUACAAUCCCUGUGCUCAUAGUUUCACUCAUUAUCUUGAUCCUUAGUGAACUCAUCAACUUGGGAUCGGUGGUGAAGGCCGCAAUUUCAACUGCUUGUGUCAUAAUAUAUUUUUGUUGCUUUGUCUCGGCCUAUGGACCAAUCCCCAAUAUUCUAUGCGCGGAGAUAUUCCCCACAAGAGUCCGUGGGGUUUGCAUCGCCAUCUGCGCCUUGUUUUACUGGGUGAGUGACAUUAUAGUCACCUAUACACUUCCAGUGCUCCUCAGUUCAAUAGGCCUUGCUGGCUUAUUCGGAAUUUAUGCUGUUGUGUGUGUGAUUUCAUGGAUUUUCGUAUACUUGAAAGUACCAGAAACGAAAGGGAUGCCUUUGGAAGUUAUUACAGAAUUCUUUGCUGUUGGUGCCAAAGCUGUUGCUUCCAAGAACGAGGGAGGAGAUCAUGGGACGGUCCAUUGAUUCUCUGGUCAGAAUUUUCUGUCUCUCUCCUUUUAUUUUGCCUUUAGCCUUUGCAUCGAGUAUGAGGACCUAGCUUGUAGUUAAAGCAGGCAGGAUAACAUGCUAUGUUUUAUAGGUGAUGGUAAGUUAUAUAUGUGUAAACAGAGAACAGAUCUUUUCUUAAGAAUAAUAGAGUUGUUAGUUUGAAUAG